AUGGACACACAGUUGACCAUGAAUCUUUGGAUGAAAACAUACCGCGACACAGGGUUCAAGGAAAACGAAAAUUUCAACCAGACGCAACUCCCGCAUCGGAUCUCACUCCAGAUGGCGACCCUCGAGGAGAUGACCAAGGGCCUCAAGAACAACCUCGAGAAGCUUUCCGAGAUAGAGAAGCCCAAGCGGACCGAACAAGUCCGCACCAUGCAGAUGGUGGAUCUCCACCAGAUGAAGAUCGACUUCGGAAAGUACAAAGGUCACACCUUCCAGGAGGCAGCCCAGGACAAGUCCUACGUCCAGUGGGUGGCAAGUCACGUGAAUCCCGACACGAGCUGCGAGGGGAUGAAGUGCUUCCUGAUCUACCUCUUCCGGAAGACCACCUCCGAAGUUCAUCAAGUGGAGGCCGGCUACAAGGGAGAGGCAUCAAACGCAAUGCCAGCGCUCAAGAAAUCCGAGAUGAAGAAGCGGCUCCCCGAAGAGGUGAACCUCCCAGUGGAAGACUCCGAAGUGGAGAGCGAGGGGUGGUCCGAAGUGAUGUCCAAGGACAAAGAGAUUCGCCAGCUGCAGGAAACCCAGGGAGCUCUCCAGACUCGGCUCAACAACAUCGAGCAGAUUCUGGGACAGAUCUCAGCCAAGUUGAUGAACCCUUGA